AUGACAGAGCUGCCGGUUUGGCCGCAUCGGGCGCAUCUCCCGCAGGCGCAGGCGAGCCUAUCUGAUUUCAAGACGGCAAUCAACGCGCCGCCAGGCAUCGACGAAAUGCCCCAUACCGGCCAGGCCGGAGUCAACCAGCUGGGAGGAGUCUUCGUCAAUGGCCGCCCGCUGCCGGACAUCGUCCGUCGGCGAAUCGUGGAGUUGGCGCUGAUGGGUGUCCGGCCCUGCGACAUCUCCCGCCAGCUACUCGUUUCUCACGGUUGCGUUUCGAAGAUUCUGACCCGCUUCUACGAAACCGGAUCGAUACGGCCCGGCUCGAUCGGUGGCAGCAAAACCAAGCAAGUGGCGACCCCGACGGUGGUGAAGAAAAUACUGCGCUUCAAGCAGGAAAAUCCGGGCAUGUUCGCUUGGGAAAUUCGCGAUCAGCUCCUCAGCCAGCGGAUAUGCGACCCCAACACGAUACCGUCGGUUAGCUCCGUCAACCGGAUACUCAGGAACGGUGGCAUGUGGACCGAUGAUAUGACUUCGAACGAACAAAUGCUCCGAGAGUCAUCCCAUUCGACCGCGGCCUACAUGCAGUCCAAGUCGAUGGCCCACCCGCUCUACAGUCAAACGCUCGAGCAGCACCAAGCCCUCCUCAGUCAGUAUCGCUACAGUAUGGCCGCGGUUUCGCCGGAACACGUCACCAAACCGGCCGGCCACCCCGCGCACAACCUGCCGCAUCAACAACAGCACCCUCAGACGGCGACGGGCUCGCUGCCCGUCCAGAGGACGGCCGCCAUCAACAUCAUACAGCACGAAGGACUCACCAUCACCAAGACGCCCGCCACCGACCUCCACCAGCCCGCGAUCCACCACCCGCACCACCCACCACAGUCCCUGACCGGUGGAGUCAGUAAGCCAUCGCCUGCGAUCAGCCUGCCGGACCUAAGCUCCCCGAAGCCGGACGCCAAAAGUGAACCCUCGUCCUCCACGCGCUCCACACCCACCAGCACUCCGACGACGUCCUCGUCUGCGCCCGCGACCACCACCUCCCAAAUGCCGCCCGGUUAUCUGCCCAAACACUGGAUCUGGAACACGAGCCUGUUCUACGCGGCCAACCGGGCAGCAGCGGCAGCGGCCGCGGCCGCUUUCCCCCACGGGUACUUCACCUACGGCAAUCCGUUCGGUGCGAGCGGAGCGUUCGGGGCACAGCUUGAGGCCGGUAGCCUACGCAGUGAUACGACCGCGUCGAAUACGUCCUCGUCGCCGGUGCAGAUCACCGACGUCAACAGUGACGAUUCCUCCGACAACCACGACGAUUUGCGGACCGCCAUCUCGAAGAAGCGGAACCCGUACUCGAUCGAGGAGCUGCUCAAGAAGCCCGAGAGCAAACGGCAGAAGAUGGUCGAUGGCGUUACCAUUACGCGCCUUUCGUCGCCACCGGCCAAGGGGGACGACAAGUACUACCCAUCGUCGCCGUCCUCUCCGUCCGCCUCCCCGACCAAGUCCUGUCCGUCACCACCGAUCGCCAGUGUGGCCCCGAUCCCCCUGCGGCUAUCGUCCUCGUCGUCCCCGUGCUCGGUCGGCGAGGAGUCCGAGGCGGCCAGCAUCGUGUCGGCGGUCGUUCGCUCGAAGCUAAACGAUACCAAUAGCGAAACCAAUAUCAAUAUCGAAAUUUGUGAUUGA